CUCUAUCCAGUCCUUCAAGUGAGAUUGUCUCAACGACACUUCCAUUCCUUCUUCUUUCUUUCCAAAGGCUAGUCCUUUUACCUGUCUCGACGACAUUCACGUAUUGCCUGGUGCAAUUCGACCCUUCAUUCACAUACCCAACAAUCGAGCUACGACUCUUCAGUCCUAUACCCAUAUCACUCGAUUCUGUCUUGACGACAAUCUCACAACCUGAACAUCAAAUCUACCGUCUGGAACGUUUAGAUUUACCCCAUCACUCAAAAUGUUCGUGAAGGCUUUUACCAUUGCCACUUUGGCUUCCUACGCCAGCGCCCACAUGCUCAUGGCCAACCCUAAGCCUUACGGCAACCCAAACAACAGCCCUCUUGAGGCUGAUGGAUCCAACUUCCCAUGCAAGGGAGCAGUCAACGAUGGCGCAUCAACCAACAGCUACAAGGCUGGCAGCACUCAACAACUCUCCUUCAUCGGUUCAGCCGUUCACGGUGGUGGCUCAUGCCAAGUCUCCCUCACCACCGACAAAAACCCAACCAAGGACUCUGUCUGGAAGGUCAUCCACUCUAUCGAGGGUGGAUGCCCUGCGAAGAACCAAGCCGGUAACUACCCCGAGAAUGCCAAUUUUGAAGACCCCGACAAGUAUGACUUCAAGAUCCCUGAAGAACUGGCUGCCGGUGACUACGUCCUCGCAUGGACUUGGUUCAACCACGUUGGAAACCGUGAGAUGUACAUGAACUGUGCCGCUGUCACUGUUCAGGGUGAGGGUGGCUCUAAGGGCUACUUGGACUCUCUUCCUGACAUGUUCGUUGCCAACAUCGGCAACGACUGUGAGACACCUCCCGAUACUGAUCUUGCAUUCCCCAACCCCGGCAACUCUGUCAGCAAGCUCAAGUCCCUUCUUACUGACCCCAAGGGACCUGGGUGCCAAAAGCCUGGUUCUGGCUCUGGUUCUGGUGGCGGAAGCGCUCAACCUUCUACCCCCGUGGCUGCCCCUACCUCUGAUAAUGGUGCCCAGCCUACUCAACCUGCCACCACUCCUGCACCUGGUGCUGGAUCCGGAUCUGGUGAUGGCUCCAACGGCGCCCCUGAGAUCCCCGGCGGCGCCUUCAUCACUGUUUCCCAGCCUGCUGCUUCUCAACCUUCUGCUACUCAAGCUCCUGAAGCCUCUGCCACUCCUGCCACUCCUGAGACCCCUAAGAACGGCUCUGGUGAGGAUGCCGGCUCCGACAAGGGUGCUGGGUCUGAUGGAGGCAACAACGGUGGAAACUCUGGCUCUGGAUCAGGCAGUGGUGGCUUUGCUGCUGGAACUGCCUGCACAUCUGAGGGUGAGUGGAACUGCAUUGGCGGUUCUUCUUUCCAACGCUGUGCAAGUGGCACCUGGACACCUUCUCAAGGACUCUCCUCCGGGGUUAGCUGCACCCCUGGACAAGGUGCUGAUAUCAGCAUGGCUGUCAAGCGAGGCAAGAGAAACAUGCGCCGAGCUCAGCGUUCCUAAGCUCAAUUCUAUGAAAAUAGGAACAUGUUUGGGUAGGAUUAGAACAGGUUAAGGAAGGACAGGCGUUAUGGAGGGUACACAACUUUCUUCUUCUUUUUUUUUUUUGUAUAUUUCUAUUUAUUGUCACAUGGAGAUAAACCCCUGAAGAAUUCUACUAUUUGUC